GGCCGCUACAGUACCAGGUUAGAUACUCUGUGGCAUGGCGGCGGCAGCACCUCCGAUGGACACCACGAAUGUCCUUGGACGCUCACCCCAAGCAUCGAUUCCAAAGAUGCUGUUGAACCUAGAUGAGGAAGAAGUCAAAGAAGCAGACGAGGCACACGACAGUAGCCCACCGGCAGGAACGAUGCCGUCGUUGUUGUUGCCAUCGAAUCGAUUGACACCGGACGAUCCUGCACAACGUAUCCCACAUAACGAAGAGGAAAGCAGAAACAGGAAGCAAGAUGCUCCAUCCUCGCCUCCUAGUGAGAGCCACGAGCCCGUUGACGAGGAUGGACCGUCGUCGUAUCUCCGCAAAAGCAUCGAUGUCGAGGACAUCGACGUCCCAAUCUCCAACGACGACUUGAUGCGAUCUCUGGAUGCAGAACUGGACAAACGUCGGCCAGACACGUACAUCAUCACGCAAUUGUGCCGCGAUCUGGGCGAAAUCCCGACCCAGUGGCGCGCUCGUGUGUGGAAGGAACUCCUCUGUCCUGGCGGCAUCAAAGCGGAACUGCCGGUCGUGUCCCCGACGGAACAAGACGACCCGAACCAGCGCGUGAUCCGUGCGGAUGCGCCGCGCACCCGGGCCAAGGACUUUCCAGCCGACUCGCGGGAAGCCGUCGAGCGGACGUUGGUGCACAUGCUGACGUACUAUUGCAAAUGCAAGAACAUUCGAUACAAGCAAGGCAUGAACGAAGUGCUGGCGCCGUUUCUUCUCUUGCGCGGGAUCUCGUCCAUGUCGUCGUCGUCUUCAGGAUGGACGGACGCCGUCGUGUACCAAUGCUUCUACUCGUUCAUUGACAAGUUCUUGACCAAUGUAUUCUCCGACCGGGAGUUUCGGUCGCUGCAGUGCUCUAUGCGGCUGCUGCGGCUGCUUUUGCAGUACCACGACCCCGUUCUGUGCGCGCACUUGGACCAGCACGACAUGACCCCCGAGCUGUAUGUGACAUCGUGGUUCAUGACGUUUUUCACUCGCCACGAAUCGCCCGACCUCGUGUUUGCCCUCUGGGACACGGUUCUACUUGCGGACGACCCCAUCUUGCUGCACUUUUUCGCGCUCGCGCUGCUCGAAGACAGCCGCGACCGCGUCAUGCAGGCCGACGUGGCGGAGAUGCCGCAGGUGCUGGCUCGUCUCACGUUUACAUCGGUGGCGCAUGUGCACAAGCUCACGGCCGUCGCGCAGGACCGACUCGCCAACACCCCUGCGUCCUUUCGCAAGGAUGUCCUGCUGGUGUGCUAUCGCCCCCUCACGGACAGGUCGUUGCCGGCGCUGCGGCACAUGGGCGCGGCGCCGUGCUUGAGCUUGCAUGCCCAAGAAGUGGCGGCUCACAUGGUCUCCAAGAUCCAGACCAACAAGACCUCCCCCAACGGCUUCACCUUGCUUGUCCUGGACUGCCGGCCGUUUGCUGCCUUCCAGGAGUUUCACUUUACCUUGUCGUACCACAUUGACCCGGACGUACUUGCCAGCCCCGAAGCAUUCAACGUGUUGCUGGAUGGGUUUGGCCGCAUGAAAGACUGUCAUUUCUGCUUUCUCGGGGACCAAGCGUCGCCGCAACGCGGGUCCCCCGACGACCCCCCUACUAGUAGUAAUAGUAGUAGUCCGCCGCCGGCAACCCCCCCCGCGACGUCGUCCUCGAAUGACCGAUCGACGGAGAGCGAUAUGCACGUGACCCGGUUCGUGCUGCUCUUCCUCCAGCAUGGCUUUCCGCAUGUCAGCCGAGUCCAAGGCGGCGUCGACGCACUGCGCGCCGAAGUGGCCGCGCAUGCCGACGCCGAGCUUGUAGACCAAUUGACAGUCGGCGAGUGGAGCGGACCGGACGAUCCAUAUUCGCUCAAAUCCAAAGCGAAGAAGCUGCUGCUGGGCAAACUGCCCACGCUCACGCAGCGCUUUCGCGGCGCCAUGAAGCCGUUUGCGAAGAAAGCGCCGUCAUUGUUGGAGGGGGAUACGACGCAGGGCCCCCUUGUGGACGAAGAUGAGUGGGUCGAAGUGGUCGUGCGGAGCAAAGAGGUGCUCAAGCGAACGAGUAGCAGCAGCAGCAGCCCCUCGAUCGCCCCCACCAAGCAAGUGCUGUUUGGGUCGGGCAAGCUCGGGAUUCUGUUUAAAGGCAUCGACAAGAGCCCGAUCACAGUCGACAGCGUCGUGCCCAAAGGUCAAGCCGACCUGACCAACCAGAUCGAGCGGGGGGACGUCCUCGUCGCGGUCGCCGGCCAGAGUGUCCACGGCAUGAAGUUCCAUCACGUGAUGGACAUGCUGCAUGCCGCCGCGCGCCCCAUGACGCUUGAGUUCUCGCAUCCGUCGUCGCGGCUCCUGGAUGUGCUGGACGCGCUGUCGGUAUCGCCGCAUGCGCCCACCAUGCUUCGCAACGGACCGUACUCACUCAGCCUCCUCUGGGACACUGUGCCCGGUGCGACACGGUACCAACUGCAGUUUGCAAUGCAGUCGGAGCACCGCUUCCAUCCGUGGGCGACUGUGGCCGUCAAGAACCGGUCGGGGGUCGGCCUCUUGGACCACAUCGCAGCCCCCGCCGUGUCGGCUGGAACGUUGGUAGGUCUGGAACCCAAUGAAAAGUACCUCGUUCGACUUCGAUGCGGCACCGACUCGACGUGGGGGGUGUACAGCGAAGCGAGCGCGGUGCUGUCGACACUUCCCCUCGACAACACACCCAAACUCGCCAGUCCCCGCGCCACCACCACAUGUGUGACAUCGUCGGUAGUGUUUCUCGCCGGCGAGUGCCCCGACGUGGUAGAGCUCGGGUUGUUUUACUACCGCGUGCUCAUUGGGCUUCGCGCGCGGUCGGGUCCGUCCUACGAGGCGCCGACGGUCGAUGUGGCCCUGGACAAGGGGUCUCUGAUCAAGUGUGAGGAAAAGGUCACGAGGGGGCCAUUCGUGUUUGUGAGGUUGCAAGACACGGACUUGUGGGCGUUUGAGACGACUGUCGAUAAUGCGGCCGUGCUGGAGAGGUUGGCAUUUGAAGAUAAGCAGAUAAACAAUCACGUCGUGCCUCAAAGCAACAAGCCGGCUUCGUUACCAAGUGUGCAACCUCUUUCGCAGCAACGGAUGCUCAUGCCGCCCACGGGACUUGCCGUCCAAGCCCCGACCACUUCGUCGGUUGUGGUGUCGUGGGAAGGGUUGCUGGAUCCGCUCGUUGUCAAGUAUCAAGUCCAGUACUCGAAGAACUCGAUAUUUGGGGCGAUGUGGGUGUCCAAGGACGUGUCGAGUCAACUCAAUUCGUGCGUGUUGACUCAAUUGAGUCCCGGGACGCCGUACGUCGUGCGCAUUCGUGCUGGCUUUGAGACGUCGUGGGGACCGUUUUCCCCCAAGUCCGCCCCGGUCAAGACCAUCGAAGACGAUCAUCCGCCGGCCAAGUCGACCACUUCUGGACCCCCCCCCACGUUUUUCUUGAAUUCGUUUGUCGAGCGCGCGGCGGAAACGGCUGCUGUCGCCGCUCGGUCCGUCUCGGCGCGGCUCACCCGCACCGCGAGCCAAGACCUCAUGGACGAUACUUCAAACGAGAUGGUCAUGGACGACCUGCCGUCUUUAGUAGUCAACGUGGAAGAGAUGAAAGCGACCGCGUCGACGGAAUUCCGCUGGUUUGCCGCGCAAAAGGUGUCGGGCGACUUGGAGUGGACGUGUGACGUGGUUGUGUCCCAUGGUAAAUGAGACAUUUGGACAUGGUGACAUUUCCGAGCAUUUGAUUGGAUGGAUGGGGGUAGGGUAUGUGAUGGCGAUUUGCCCCGAGGUGGAUCGCCCCGGCUGGGGGCGCAUCGAAGACAAGCGGCAGCUCAAGUUGCUGUCCAAGAUCACGUCCAAGCGGGGUCUGCAGACGUCGGUGCUGUUUCAUUUCAAGAAGCAGGAAGGGAGCGACGAAGACGCCGAGACGCUGGAGUUUCUCAUUCACGAUCGACAAGCAUGCCUUCAGCUCGUCAAAGAGCGCUUCCUCGCGAUCACUGCCAAGCCAAAAGCUUAAACUAACAUCAUGUGACCUUAUUUACCCUAAAAAUACACUCGAGAAAGUGUCCAAGGUUUGGCUAUUCCACGGGAAAGUUGUGGAUAUAGUUAGAACAUUGAAAGAACGAUUGGGAUGGCAA